AUGAUAAAUCCGCAUGUAUCCUCCAAAUAUGUUGCUGGUCAAAAACGCUUUUCCCAAUCCACAAAUAUUUCUAAGCCCGUAACAACAACAAGCGUUCCGGCUCCAAAUAAUAAUUCUAUUUUAUCGCAGCAACCACCCGUCCUUCCUCAAGGAUGGCGAAAGGAGGAGUUUAUGAGACCCAACGGUCUCAGUACUGGUAAGACAGAAAUUUACUACAUCAGUCCAAAUGGUGCUAAGAUCCGCACGAAACAAGGACUACAAGCGGCGCUAGGUGAUAAAUAUGAUAUAUCCUUGUUCGAUUGGAGAACUGGGCGUUUUAUUACACCGUCUCAAAAACUCAAAAGAAACGAUUUACCCGAUUGUGGCCCACCCUCUAAAUGUCCUAAAAUCGAUGGAUUUUCAAACACCUUAACCAGGAGGUCACCUUAUCCUAUUGCUACUCAGCCUAAUUUGAUCGUAUCACAACCGUGUAGCAAACGCUCAGACAUCAUUAGAGGACCUCAAGAUUUAGCUCAUCAGUUAUUCUGGGAAAAACGCUUAUCGAAACACCACGCUGUUGAUCCUGAGACGGGUGAAGUAUUUAAGCCUCUAAAUUUGCCUAAAGGAAUUCAGAGCGCUGGUGUCCCCGGUUAUGAUUCCGAUCAACUUGUUCAGAGUAUAAUUAAUGCUGUCACAACGAGAAGCACACCUGUAACAGGUCAGGAACAACAGCCAUCUGCAAUUGAAAAGAACCCUUGUGUGGUUAUAAAUCAUUUACAGCCGAUGAUAAAGACGUACAUAGUCACUGAUGAUGACAUCAGACGCCAAGAAGCUCGCGUAAAAGAGCUUAGGCGCAAACUUGAAAUGGCACGCAAGAAGCUUUUCCCAGCUUCUUAUUAA